ACGACUCCUAAAUCCUCUGCCCCACAAAACAGAUAGCCAAAACAAGAGGCAUGGAAGCAAAGUCGCUAGGAACAAGGAGAGCUGCAAGAAAAAAGAAAUCCAAGAAACCUCUAAUUUGCACCCAUAAAUACCCUUCUCCUCUACUUGCAAUUUUUCCUAUUCCACUUGUUGACACCAGCCUCGAUUCUUUGAAGAGGGAGAGAGGAGGGGGAGGAAGGCAUCGGUGAGCUCGGGAAGCUGCGUGGGGCUUACACCCGGGCCCCACCCUUCCCCCGCUCGCUCACCACGCUCUCCUCUCACCAACUCUCUCUCUUAUCUCCUUCCAAGAUCCCACCUUUUUUUUGUUCCCCCCAUUUCGUGAUCUUGCUAGGACCGUUCGUUGAUCUUUUGCUCUCUCCAAUACACCCAUUCCAGCUCCGGAGAUCCCAUUUCGGGCACCUCCUGCGAUUUACAAGCUCAAAGAAGCCAAAUUGUAGCUCAAAUUUUUGAGCUGUUUUUGGCUGCUGAGUUCGAAUCAAUCCAAGAACUCGCGGCUUGGCAACAAGUGUCCUGCGUCCCCGGGCUUCGAUUCGAUCGAAUCCGACCUAAUUUAGUCUUUUUUUUUCCUUGCGCUGAGCUUUCUUUUCUCCUUCCUCUCGCAAAGUGGGUUCCAUCGCGUCACCCGCACGGCUCCUCCGAUCGGGCGGAGAAAGAAAGCGGCAGAAAAGAUAAAAGGCGAGUUGUUGACACGGUUUUGGUCGUAGCAGCAACUUCACUGGUUGUAGCUUGUCUUUGUUUAUUUAGACGGAGCAGCGUUCGAUCGGAGCGAGCGCCCCGGCAGCGGCAGCGCGCUUCUUCGCCGGCGCUCGCUGAUGCUUGCCCUGCUCGCUGCCUUCGUGCUCUCCUGGCUGCUGUUCCUGUCAAAGCCAUGCGCGCGUGAAAUGAGACUAUUCCUCGCGUCCCCGUGCCAAGAACUCGCGCUCUUGCUGCUCGGAUUCUUGGCCGGCCUCCGGCUGCUCGGAGGCGUUGCGGCCGCGUCCGCGUCCGCGGAAACCAUGCCGCUCAUUCCGUCCUUCAAGAGGAAGCGGCCGGCGGAGAAGGUGGAGAAUGUGUAUGAGGCCGCCGGAGUCGAGCCGUCGGUGCUCGACCUGCCGGAGCUGGCCAUCGAUUGCAUUCUCGAGAGGCUGCCGCCGGCGGAGCUACGGAGCAUGGCCGCCGUCUGCCGCUCCUUGCGGGAGCGGUGCCGCGGUGACCACCUCUGGGAGCGCCACAUGUCGGAGAAGUGGAGCCGCGUCCUGGGUCGCACCGCGAGGGACGAGUGGAGGAUGCAUCUGGCGUCCGCCAGCGUGGCCAGUGGCAUGACUGGGUUCGCAUCAGGAGGCGGAGGUAAGCGCCGGAGGUGGCUUGCCGCGCUGUCGUGCGUCUGCCCGGUGGUGUCCUGGAUGCGGCCUAGAGCCGACGGCGACACGUCAUCCGGCCCUGUGCUGGAUGAUUCCAUCAUGUCGUGGUAUCUAUCCAUGGAGAGCGGCAAGUUCUGGUUCCCGGCACAAGUCUACAACCGAGAGCAUGGGCAUGUUGGGUUCAUGAUGUCAUGCUAUGAUGCAGAGCUCAGUUAUGAUUUCCAUACCGACACAUUCCGCGCAAGGUAUCCACCACAUGGGCGGCGAACUGUGGUUUUGGAGGACGGGGUGCAAUGGGACAGGGUCAGGGCACCACCGACCGACACUCUUGCACAUGAUCUGCAUGCCUCCAACUUCUUACAUGAACUCUGGCCUGGUGAUCACAUUGAGAUUCAGUGGAGAAGGAACAAAGAAUUCCCAUAUGGCUGGUGGUAUGGAGUUGUUGGCCACUUGGAGUCAUGUGAUGGAAAUGAACACUUUUGUCGGUGUCAUCUUAGUGAUACCAUUGUGCUGGAGUUCAAUCAAUAUACGCCCGGCUCAAGAUGGAGGCAAGCAUUGGUCAACCGGAAGAACCACAGGGAAGAGGGCAACGAGGGUGACGGUUUCUACGGCGGGAUAAGGAAGCUCCGCAGCAAGGAUGAUAUCUCCAAGUGGAGACAGCUCUGGCCUACAGAUAUCCUGGAGUAGCAGGAACAGAUUAUUUCGCCAUUGUGAUUCAUCAAAUUGCUCAAUUGAUACCUUCCAUUGAUCAUUGCUGUGUACACGGGUUAGAACAUGAGGUGGCAAGUCUGGUAGCUGGACACGGUUGUAAACUUAUUGUCAGGUAUAGACGGCGCAGCUUGCUUCCUGUUCAUGGGACUGUAAGCCUGCAGCAAAGUUUGCAGCCAGUGUAUGUAACUGCAGUCUGUGCCUUGUACCUGCUGUUGUAGUUGCAGAGCAGAAAGAUCAAAUGUAAAUUACAUUUUUUUAGCUCAAAUUCACGACAGGUUGGUA